AUGCUACUAGAAGCGCUGUUGUCAUCCCGCCGGAAGCACCACCCCUACCGGAAGCACUUAAAUGAAGCGGCAGUAAGGUCACUAUGACACCUAUGGAGGCGAAAGUGGCCUCACACCCGCACCUUAUGCUCUUUUACUCCCCGCCCCGCGCCACGUUUUCCCGGGGGUGGGACUCUGACCUCAGACUCCCGGAUCCUCGGGCAAAAGUUUCCCCACAGACGGAAACCCACGAGGCUCAAUCCAGAGUCACUCCGCGUUAUCCCGCCCCCCCUUUCCGUUUUCGGUUGUAUUGGGGCGCAAAUCCGGAGUCGCUCUAAAUCCGGUGGGGGGAUGGGAACAUAUUUUCCCCGCAAGCCUUGAACCGCCGAUCCCGGAGGCUUCGAUGCCUCCCGCGGAGCCAUAGCGCCUUUAGAAAAGCCGCGUCUCUGUGGUCCGGGUCGGUGUCUCUAUGGUUAAAGGGGGCGUCUCUGUGGUCAACAGGGGCGGGGAGGCCGCAGGGCCCUCCCUUCUGCUCCCCCGCCCCCGUGGCCCGGGGGCAGGGCAUUGUGGGAUAAGGGCGGAACCGGCAGGCCCUGACAGCUCAGUACGCGCCCUACGGGGUAGUAGCCAGCAUAGGGUGGGAGCCCAGGGCCCUCCUGCCAUGGCACCUGCCAUGCCCCGGGCUCGGCUCCAGCUCGCAGCUACAGGGGCUGCUGUGGCCUUAGCCACCACCGCUGCAGCUGUGGCCACUUGGCGCCUAUACCACCACCGGCGCGCUGGGGAGCCCCCUGGUGGCUGGGAGGAUUUUCGAUGUGGCCAGAAGAGACCCCCUGGUGGUUUGGAAGACUCCAAGUCUGGCCAGACACCCCCUGGUGGCCAGGAGGUGACCCCUGCUGCCCAGGGGAUGCCCCCCCGUGGCUGGGAGGACUCCAGCGGCAACCAGGAAACACCCCCUGGUGACCCAGAGGACCCCUUGCCCUCCUGGCCCUCAGAGCGGAAGGCCCCGGCAGCUGUGGAUGCGGUCUUUGGGCGACGUCUGAGGCGCCUCCUGGCACUGGCCCUGUCAGGCCCCCUGAGCCCUGAGGCUGGGCUCCUGGCUCUGCACACAGCUGCUCUGGCCAGCCGCACCUUCCUCUCGCUCUAUGUUGCCCAACUCGACGGGCGCUUGGCCCGGGCUGUGGUGCGAUGCCGUGGCCGCCGCUUUGCCAGCCUCCUCUUGCGGUGGCUGCUCUUAGCCUUGCCAGCUACAGGUGUCAACAGUGCAUUGCGCUAUUUAGAAGGGCGGCUGGCCUUGGGACUACGAGGCCGGUUGGUAGCCCAGGCCUACGCCCUCUACUUCCAGGGUCAGGCAUACUACCGGGCUAGCCACAUGGAUGGGCGACUGGCGGCCCCUGAGCAGGCACUGACGGAUGAUGUGGCAGCCUGGGCAGGUGCUGUGGCCCGGCUCUACUCCAACCUGACCAAGCCGGUGCUGGAUGUGGCUGUGACUAUGGUGGCCUUGCUUGGGGCAGCGCAAGCGCGGGGGGUUGGAGCAGCUGGGCCGGCAGCACUGGCUGGUCUGGUGGUGGGAGCCACAGCUUGGUUGCUCCAGGCCUGUGCCCCUGACUUUGGGGAGCUGGUGGCUGAAGAGGCGAGGCGCUGCGGACAGCUGCGGGGCCUCCACGCUCGCCUGGCUGCCCAUGCUGAAGAGGUUGCCUUCUACGGGGGUCACCAGGUGGAACAGGCAGUGCUGGUGCGGGCCUACACAGCUCUGGCUGGGCAGCUGGAGCGGACGUUGCGGGCUCGGCUAGGCUAUGUGAUGCUGGAGCAGCUGCUGCUCAAGUAUGUCUGGAGCGCAGCUGGGCUGCUUAUGGUGGGGCUGCCCCUACUGCGUGGUCCCCCUAUGCCCUUCCACGGCCUUGGCGGGGCAGUGGUGGUGGAUGAGGGGGCAGGUGUUGGGGAGCGAACAGAGGCCUUCACCACCGCCCGGAGCCUCCUGCUGGCAGCUGCUGAUGCUGUGGAGAGAGUACUUUCCUCCUACAAGGAGGUGACGGAAUUGGCUGGAUACACUGCCCGGGUCUACGAGAUGUUCCACAUCUUUGAAGACGUGGCACGAGGCCGGAUACAGCGCCCAGGGGAUGCUGAGGGGGGUGGAGCCGAAGCAAGGACAGAGCUACCCCCUGUCCUCCGCCAUGGGCUGUGCCUCCAGGGGCCCCUCCAAAUCCGAGGCCAGGUCGUGGACGUGGAAAACGGCAUCGUGUGUGAGAACAUCCCCAUCAUCACUCCCACUGGGGAGGUGGUGGUGCCUAGCCUGAGCCUGCGGGUAGAGGAGGGCACCCACCUGCUGAUCACAGGCCCCAACGGCUGUGGGAAAAGCUCCCUGUUCCGGGUGCUGGGGGGACUCUGGCCUGUCUACAGUGGUGUCCUCUACAAGCCACCCCCGCACCGCAUGUUCUACAUCCCCCAGCGGCCCUACAUGUCAGUGGGGUCGCUGCGGGACCAGGUGAUCUACCCUGACACUGUGGCUGACCUGGUGCGCAAGGGGCUGUGUGAUGCCGAUCUGGAACAAAUCCUCGACCUAGUCAGCCUCACCUACCUAAUACAACGUGAAGGAGGUUGGGAUACAGUCAGUGAUUGGAAGGAUGUCCUGUCUGGUGGAGAGAAGCAGCGGCUGGGGAUGGCCCGGAUGUUCUACCACAGGCCACGGUAUGCGCUGCUGGAUGAGUGCACAAGUGCCGUGAGCAUCGAUGUUGAGGGCCACAUUUUCCAGUCUGCCAAGGAUGCUGGCAUUGCACUGCUAUCCAUUUCCCACCGGCCCUCGCUCUGGCGGUUCCACACUCACAUGCUGCAGUUUGAUGGAGGUGGGGGCUGGCGCCUGGACCCCCUGGAUGCAGCUGCCCACAAGUCAUUGACAGAGGAAAAGUAGCACCUUAAGGCCCAGCUGGCUUCUCUGCCUCGCACCCAGCUCCACCUCCACGACCUGCAGCACCUGCUGGGGGAGAAGUGGGGUAUCCCUAAUCCCCACCAGGACAAUCCUGAGCUCCCAUAAACCCAAUUCCUCCAGGCCUUUAUAGCCCUCCCCCCCAGUGCCCUGCAGCUCUCCCUCUAACUCCACAGUCCUGUCCUGGCCCUGAUUAGGUCCCACAAAACCCCCACCCUUCAAAGCUCCCUAGACCUUUUAUAGGUCCUCAGACCCUCCCAGGCUCCCAGACCUGCCCAGGCCCUUCCUGCCCCCUAGACCCUCACAGCCUGCCCUGUGGCUCCCCCCUCCCCCCCAGAUGAUGGAGACCCCUGGCCCCUAAGCCCUUGGACACAUCCUUGCACUUAACCCUGUCCUCCUUGGGCAGGGCCAGGGAUCUCCCAAAGCUGACUUGCCCCUGCUGCCCCCCACAGCCAGAGGGAGGGGGCUGAAGGAUGGGCAGGGGAUGGUCACACCCUUCCAUCCUCCCCAGCUAUGGGGGGUAUCCCAUAAUUCUACACCUUCAGGACAUAUGUGGUAUGGGAGCCCCCCUCUCCCCCAGAGUGCCUUAAAGUACCAGUAAAUAGCUCUGAUGCUGCCCCCCCCCGCUC